ACGGAAAAACUCCAAAAUACAAACAGGAGACCUCGCCGUCGCUUUAGCUUUGUCUGUUUGCUCGCUUGUUUAUUUCUGCUACAAAGCUGUUAUAAAGGAAAUUAUUUGAGAAGGGCAUACGCGUAUUUCCAGCUGACACAGUCGUCUCCACUCACUCUCACCGGACCAUGUUAGUCUCACUACAGCGCCCCCACGUGGCUGUGGCCUGUCUACUUGUCUUGUACCAGUUGUCCAGCGUCCUGUCCAUCCCAGAUCCCAGGCAGAGAGAGGCCCUCAUAGAGCUGGAGGCCUCCAUGCAGACAGGUGGGCAGGUGGUGUUGACUGAUGCAGAGAAGCGGCUGGAUGCCAUUCUGUUUAAAAUGAAGCAGGAGGAGAUAGUGAGAGCGGACUUUCCUCCUGCCAUGCACUUCUUCAAAGCCAGGGACCUCAUCAGGACCAGUCCCAUCUUCAGUCUGCUCCAAAAGAUGCCUAAAGGUGGCGCUCUUCAUGUCCAUGAUUUUGCAAUGGUAGAUGUGGAGUGGCUGCUGAAAAACGUGACCUAUCGCCCCCACUGCUACAUGUGCUUCACUGACAACCAGUCCAUCAGAUUCAUUUUCUCAUCUCAAGAGCCCAAAACUCUGCCAAAUUGCUCUCCCUGGACCCUGCUGGAAAACCUCAGGGCCAAGAUGAUCAAUACCACAGAUCUUGAUAACAGCAUCAUGGGCAACUUGACGAUCUUCACCGAUCAGGAUCCAGAAACGGUGUACCCCAGUCAGGAUGUGAUAUGGGAGAAGUUUGAACAGGCCUUCCUUGCAUUGUGGGGUCUGGUCACGUACGCUCCUGUGUUCAGAGACUAUUACUACCAAGGUCUCAGCCAGUUCUACAUGGACAACGUCAUGUACCUGGAGCUGCGGGCUUUACUCCCAGAGAUAUACGAGUUGGACGGCAGCACUCAUAACACAGCCUGGACUCUCAAGACCUACCAGGAGGUCACCAGACAGUUCACAGCAGACCAUCCAGACUUCUUUGGAGCAAGAAUCAUCUUCACAAUCCAUAGGGGAGUAAAUGCAUCCGUGAUGGCCAGAGCUGUGGAGGAGGCUAUGAAGCUACAGGGAGACUUCCCAGAUAUCAUGGCUGGUUUUGACUUGGUGGGCCGUGAGGACAGUGGCAGACCCCUGUGGUACUUCAGAGAUGCCUUGUCACUGCCAGCAGAGAGAGGGGUGACGCUUCCUUUCUUUUUCCAUGCUGGAGAGACAGAUCUUGAGGGCACGGAUGUGGACCAGAACUUGCUGGAUGCCCUUUUAUUGAAUACUUCCCGUAUUGGCCAUGGAUUUGCUCUGCUUCGCCACCCAGUGGCCAAAGGUCUAUCCAGGAAGAGAGGAGUGGCUCUAGAAGUGUGCCCCAUCUCCAACCAGGUGUUGAAGCUAGUAAAUGACAUGCGAAACCACCCGGCAGCAGCACUGAUGUCAGAGAACCACCCACUGGUCAUCAGCUCAGAUGACCCAGCCUUGUUCGGGGCCUCUGGACUUUCUUUUGACUUCUAUGAAGCUUUUGUGGGCUUUGGUGGGAUUAGAUCCAAUUUAGGCUCCCUCAAACAGCUGGCCAUCAACUCUAUUAGGUAUAGCUCUUUGACUCCAAAACAGCAGGAGAAAGCACUGGCUCUGUGGCAAACAAGAUGGGAUAAGUUUGUCUCUGAAAAUGCUUUUUAGAAAGAAACUGUGAUAUAAACAUUGUCUGUCGGGCAAUCUUCAAAUGUCGUCAUGCUUCCUUUGAGAGAGGAAUGCCUUCUAGCAGUGCUGCACAGGUGAGCAGGUUUUUGGGAGCAACAAAUAUAGCACGGCAAAGCUAGUUUGGGUCAGAUAGACAAGACAGUUUGGCAUGUUACAAUAAGAAAAGUACAUGAUAAAAUACACAAAUGGAUGAUAACUAAAUAUCAUAAUGUUAUAUAACACCUGUGCUUUUCUUAGGAGUGGGAAUCUCAAGACAACUCAUGAUUCAAUUACAAUUCAGAGGUCUACGAUGUGAUCAUAUAACAAUUAUCAAUGCGUUUUGAUUAAUCAUAAUUUUUGAUUUCUAUUCAACAAUCUAAAACAAAGUGUAUUCGUAGUUAUCCACAGUUGAAAUAAAAUAAUGAAUUUACUUCCAUUAUCUUUUAUAAUAGGAGUAACAAAUCAAACAGAUGUUUAGGCUUGUAAGACAGAGAGUGCUGGUCAGGUUGUAUCUAUCAGCAGUUGCUCUGGCUCUGAAAUCCUCACCAAAACUCAAGAAGUAUCCUAGCUUAGAACGCUAAGAACACACGUUUAUGUUCAUGACGUUUCACUAUCCCAUUUGUUCAUCCGUACAACGAACGUACAUCCCUGUCUUACAAGAUCAUUACCGGCAGUUAUCAUGUUAGGAAUUGGGUUUUAUUUUGGCUUUUUUUUAUUUUUCAGACAUUUUGUUUUUGGUUUCAAUACUUUUACAAUAGAAAUGGGGUCUUUUAAAUGUCAGAUUAUUGACUGUUUUUUUGCAUCAUUUUCUCUUGCAAGAUAGAAUUGAAAUGUAUCUAAAAAUCAUUUCAUUUCUCUCACCUGAGCCUUUCCUGCUAUGACAACAUUGUAUCUGCUGUGAAAAAGGCCAAUUGUUACCACAAAGUGGAGAAGGGUCUUUUCAGUAAAUAAUUUGGCCAUUGUGAAACAAACAGGAGAUACUGCAUGUCUCAUUAAAUUUAAGGCAGUUACUUGAACUACACGUAUGAAAUGUCUUCAGUCAAAGGCAUCUUGUUGUGUGUAGUUUCAUUAAGUAUUUUUAAUUAUAUUUGCACUUUAAGAAACCGGUUUGCCUAUGUUUUGGGAGACAGUAACAGUGUCAGACAGCAUUGUUCACUGGUUGAGGUGCUAAGUGUUUUUUGAUUUCUCUUUGUUGUGUGGUUUUGUGUGUUUGCUUGUGGGUUGUAAGUGUAUAAUAUGUGUUUGCUGAAAUGGGUGUUGAAUCCUGUGCGCUUUGAAAAACAUUGUUUUUUAAAAACACGGUAUAUUUUUACACAGUUUAUACUUGAAUGUCAUUUUUUAAAAAAGAGUUUUAGCAAUUGCGGAUACACAAAGGGGAGCAGCCUACCUGUUGCUCAUGUAUGCACAUUUGAUGUAAUCGAUAAAGAAACUCCCUAAGAAACAUCAGUUUUAGACUAUUUGAAGAAAUAGACGAUUCACACGAACAGUAUCAGACGUAUUUGUGAACUGCCAAAAUUAAAUGUGAUAUUAACAAAAC